AUGGCCUCAUCGACUACUAUCACCAAUCCUCAACCUCUUGCCAAUACCUCCCACUCCCGUCAAAAUCACCAGAACCGACCGCCAUCAUUUAAUACCUCGACGAGUAGAGCGCAGAAGGAGGAGCAAGAGAUCUUCGACAGUCGGCGCAACCCGAAUAUGUCUUUCAGCUUGAGUCAAGGCUCUCAAGGGGGAGGAAUGGCGAUGCAAUCCGGACAGCCAUUUAGACAUUAUGACGCCAAUAGUCAAUCAGCUCGCAGGAAUUCGGCACCGCAGAUAUACUCGGCCAUCUAUUCAGGAGUCGAUGUCUAUGAAAUGGAGGUAAAUAAUAUUGCUGUCAUGCGCCGGCGCAAGGACAGUUGGCUCAAUGCCACUCAAAUAUUGAAAGUCGCUGGUAUCGAGAAAGGAAAGCGAACAAAAGUAUUAGAAAAGGAAAUUUUAAUCGGCGAACACGAGAAGGUACAGGGAGGAUACGGAAAAUACCAAGGCACAUGGAUCAAGUUUGAUCGGGGACUCGAAUUCUGUAGACAAUACGGAGUAGAGGACCUACUGCGACCUCUUCUCACUUAUGAUAUGGGACAAGAUGGAGGAGUUGCGGGACGAGGGGGCAUCGACACCCCCACGAAGGAACAAGCAAUGGCUGCACAACGAAAGAGACUAUACAACUCAGGAGCCGAGAAUAGAUCGGGAGGACAAACUGGAACCUUUUUCAAGAACAUUUCCACCACAGCUUCACAUGCGGUUGCGGCGAUUAGCAAAGCACGCUUUGAAUCACCGGUCCCUCGCAACCGUAAUGGAGCUAGUUCUGGUCGCCCUCCUAGCUUCAGUCGUCAGUCUUCACAACAAAAUUUAGCUGCGCAGGACAAUAUGUAUCCAAGCGGAUCGCAGCAAAGCAUGCAGAGCUUUGCAUCCAACGACGGUAUAGACUCGGCUUAUGCGACCCAGUACAAUUUACCGCGAGACAAUUCUCGCAAUGGUGAUUUCGAAGAACCACCAAGAAAACGGAUGCGACCUACACCUGGAGAGCAAGACUCGCAGCAAAUGGACGGAUAUUAUGAUGCGUCAAUGAGAGAGCCAUCCCCGACAGAAGCAAAUGAAUCAUUUGCAUACCAUGCGCAAAUGACGCAGGAUGGUGAAAACGGAAUUCUUCCACCUUUAACAAACUCAUCGACUCAGGAUAUCGAAGCCAAAAAGGGAAUGCUGUUACAACUUUUCGUCGAUCCUGCCCGCACAGAUUAUAGUAAACAUCCCGUGUUCCUCAGUCUGUCUCGCGACGACCUUGAUAUACCACUUGAUAAAUCCGCUAACACUGCGCUCAUAUGGGCUGCAACCCUCGCACGAAUACCACUUCUCAGAGCCUUGAUCAAUGGUGGUGCAAGCAUCUACCGUGGGAAUCGAAUUGGGGCCACCGCGCUAAUGCGCUCAUGUGAGGUCACUAAUAACCUCGACAUGGCAAGUUUUCCAGACGUACUAGAACUGCUUGGUCCUACGAUUGAGUACACCGAUGCUCGGGACAGAACCGUACUUCAUCAUAUCGCAGUGGCAUCUGCCGUGAAAGGACGAAGUUCUGCAAGUAAAUAUUAUCUCGAGUCACUUCUCGAAUUUGUCGUGAGAGCGGGCACCGCUCCAAAUAGUCAGCAAUCACAAUCGUUCAGUAGCAAUCCGGCGGCGCCACAUACAAUGAAUCUUGGUAGGUUCAUGUCUGAAGUCGUUAAUCUACAAGACAAGUCGGGGGAUACCGCUUUGAAUAUUGCAGCACGAAUUGGAAAUAGAAACAUCAUCAGUCAGCUCUUGGAGGUUGGCGCAAAUCCCGAGAUAAGAAACCGUUCAGGUCUUUGUCCAAACGACUUUGGUGUAGGCGAGAAUUCAGGAAAUAACGACAGAAACUCCAGCCGUAUACCACCACCCGAGCGACUACCUUCAAGGACAAAUCAGACCAGUAAUGAGAUUAUCUCUUCAAUUUCAUCUUUAGUCACAGACGUGGAGACAGAAUUUACAAAGGAAUUGGAUAGCAAGCAAGCCAGGAUAGAUAAUUUACAUUCUCAGCUUCGCGAGUCAUCAGCACUUCUUGGAGAGCAACGACGAAGGCGAGAGCAACUCGAAGCCCAGGCGAAGGAGCAAGCAACACGAAAACACAAACUUGCAAAUCUCCGAAGAGCAAUGGAUGCAGAACGUGCACGACUUCAACAGAUGCAACAGCAAAUGGGUCAACCCACACAACAAACCGAAAUGCAACUCGGCGAUGCCGAUAAGGGACUCACAUUACCCGCUUUGCCCUCGAACGUCCUCGCAAACAUCAGCUCAAGCACUCAAAUGUCGGCAUCGAAUCUAGACCAAGCCCAAAGACAACUCCUAUCCUCCCUUCCACCAUCAUAUGUCCUUCGAGCACGUAUCGCCGCAUAUCAAAGCAACAACCAAGCCUUGGAACAAAACGUCCGUGAUCUUCAGAGCAAGAGCUCUGAGCUGGUAAAUAAAUACCGAAAAGUCGUAGGAAUAUGUACGGGCACGCCACUUGAUAAAGUCGAUCAGGUAGGCCCGAAGUUACUUCGUGCUAUUGAGAGUGAACCGAAUGUGGAUUUAAGACGGAUAAGGGAUUUUUUGGGGAGGGUCGAGGUUCCGAAUUGA